AUGUGCCGUCAUGGCGACAAGGGCAUGUGUGAUUAUUGUAUGCCCCUCGAGCCAUUUGAUUCGGGAUAUCAGCAGGAGAAAAAUAUCAAGCAUUUAUCAUAUCACGCAUAUUUGAGAAAACUUAAUGCCGAUUCAAAUAAGUCGUCUAUUGCUAAUGGCCAUGGAGGCACUAAAGGCACUAGGUCGGGCGUAGCAGGAUCCAGCUCGUCAUAUAUGUCACCUUUAUCAGAACCAUUUUUUGGAGUAGCCAAGAAUUGUCCUUCUGGACAUCCUCCAUGGCCUCAAGGAAUCUGCUCGAAAUGCCAACCGUCUGCUAUAACUCUGCAACAGCAACAGUUUAGAAUGGUGGACCAUGUGGAGUUUGCUGAUUCGUCUAUUGUAAAUUCAUUUAUAGAGAGCUGGAGACUGACAGGUGCUCAGAGAAUCGGCUAUUUAUAUGGUCGAUAUGUCCCAUAUGAGGUAGUUCCGCUUGGAAUCAAAGCGGUUGUAGAAGCUAUUUACGAACCUCCUCAAAGCGAUGAGAUUGACGGUGUAUCACUGACCUUGCCAUGGAACGAAGAAUCGCUCGUAGACAGAGUUGCUGCUGGAUUAUCGGCGGAUAACAGUACAUCGGCAUCUGGCUCGACAACUGGUUCGACAACUGGCUCGGCAUCUGGCUCGCAGUCUGGCUCAGGACAACAUACCUUAGGUUUGCAGAAAAUUGGUGUUAUUUAUACAGACUUGCUUGAUGCUGGAAAAGGAGACGGGUCUGUAGUCUGUAAACGACACGUUGAUUCGUAUUUCUUGUCGUCUCUGGAAAUCGCAUUUGCUGCUGACCUGCAAAACCAGCAUCCCAACCCUUCACGAUGGAGUGACACUGGCAAUUUCUCGUCCAAAUUUGUUACAUGUGUUAUUACUGGUAACAGUAAAGGAGAAAUCGAUAUUUCCAGUUACCAAGUGUCGACUAAUGCUGAAGCAAUGCGAAAGGCCGAUCUGAUUGAACCGUCUGCUAACCCCUCGGUGAUGCGGAUCAAGGAACCCACUAAAACCCGCUACGUGCCAGAAAUCUUUUAUAAACGAGUCAACGAGUAUAAACUGACUGUUUCCGAAAAUGCCAAACCGGCGUUCCCUGUUGAAUACCUUUUAGUGACACUGACCCACGGAUUCCCCGACUCGCCCAAACCGCUGCUGACAUCACCAACUCCAUUCCCCAUUGAAAAUAGACAACAUGUGGGAGUUCUCCAGGACUUCCGUGCCAUUGCCAACCAUCUGAACCUCAAAACAGGAACAUCUAUCAACAAUCAAACCGAACUAUCUAGCGACAUGAGCCGGAUCUCGGACUUCCACCUGCUAGUCUACCUCGUAGGUCUCGGCAUCCUCAGUUCCGACGAAGAAAAACUCCUUCUCCGAGCAGCCGCCAGCCACAGCCCCGACGACGGCUACCUCCUCACUCAAACACCCGGCUGGCAGACCCUGCUCACCAUCACCCGCGAGUCUGUCUAA